UCUCUCUCCCGUUCCCGUCCCGACAUGUCCGGCGCCGCCACCCAACGCUCGCGCGCGGUCGUCGCGGCCGCCGCGUGCCUCGCGUUCGUCGCCGCGGCGGCUCUUCUCCACCGCAGGCGCCGGCGGAAUCGGGCGCCCGCCUCGCCUCGCCGCCUCGGGGUCGGGGGGCGGCGGGGGCGCCCCCGCCGCGCCUGCGAAGAGGAGGAGAAGCCGCAGGCACGGUUCAAGCGCGUGCUCGCUGACAACUCCUACUCCCCGUUCAAGCACCUGCGCCGCCAGAGUGCUCAGCCGGGAGGCGCAGAAGGCGAGGCACCCCCAUUUCCGUCUGAAGAAUCAUCACGACAAGUCCACCCAUUUGAGAAGGAAAUCACAUCUUUGCUGAACAAGCCCUCUGGUUUGCAUAGCUUUAUGCUGGGUGACCAAUGCCCAGAAAUGAGUACUCCAUAUAAUUGGGUUGAUACAGAAGCUCAACUGGAGCAUUUGACAAGAUUGUUGGGCGAGGAAAAAGCUUUUGCUGUUGAUACAGAGCAGCACAGUGUUCGGUCCUUCCUAGGAUAUACUGCACUAAUGCAGAUCUCUACCCUGAAGGAAGAUUAUUUGAUAGACACAAUUGCAUUGCAUGAUGUGAUGGGCAUGCUACGUCCAGUGUUUGCCAAUCCUUCAAUCUGUAAGAUCUUCCAUGGAGCUGACAAUGAUGUUCUUUGGCUUCAACGAGAUUUUCAUAUUUAUGUUGUGAAUAUGUUUGAUACUGCCAAGGCAUGUGAAAUUCUGUCGAAACCACAGAAAUCAUUGGCAUAUUUGCUUGAAGUAUAUUGUGAAGUGACCACAGACAAGACAAUGCAGCGUGGAGAUUGGAGAUUGCGCCCUCUGACGCCAGAAAUGAUUGAGUAUGCUCGCACUGAUGCUCACUAUCUGUUGUACAUCGCAAAUUGUUUGGCAUCAGAGCUCCAUGCAAAAGCAUGUGAUACUUCCAGUGAUAAAAUCAAUUUUUUCUUCGAGGCUAGUCAUCGCUCAAAUAUGGUCUGCAUGCAACUUUAUGCAAAAGAAAUUGAAUAUCCUCCUGGAGCUUCCAGUGCAGCAUCUAUUCUCUCAAGAAAUUUGCAAACUCAUGGGCUAGACUCCAAAAGGUCUAGUGAAGUGAAGGAUCUUGUUUGGAAAUUUUGUGCAUGGAGGGAUUUAAUGGCUCGGAUGCAUGAUGAAAGCUUACGGUAUGUUCUGUCAGACCAAGCUAUAGCUGCCCUUGCUGUUAGUCUUCCAAAAGGCCCAACAGAGGUGUUUGCUGUCAUAGCAGAAACUGACCAAAGCAUUUCAAGUAUGUACCCCUCCUUGUCGUCACCAUCACCUAUUGUUGUUGCUCAUGUUGAAGAACUUUGCUAUCUGCUGGAGGACACUACUACCAGCACAGAUGGUAUCUUUAAAAGUUUGCUAGAGAAGUAUAAAGAUCCAAGUGGAUUAUGUCAACUAUCAGUUUAUAAUUAUAACCUUAUAACAAACCUAAGUUUGAAGCAAACAGAUAUGUUUUCCUUUGCUCCAAGUGGAGAAAAGUUGCUGACAGCACCGCCUAGUAAAAAGGCUUCACGGGAUUUAUUCAUUAAAAAAUUCUCGUGCAAGUCCCCAGUAUACCACAAUUGCAGGAUCUAUGCAAGUGAUGGGAGACUACUUUGCUACUGUGACCGUAAAAAAUUGGAAUGGUAUGUUCAACGUAAUUUGGCGAAACUAAUUGAAGAUAGUCCUCCAGCAAUCAUGCUUCUAUUUGAGCCUAAAGGUCGUCCAGAGGAUGAAGAUAAUGAGUUCUAUAUUCAGAGCAAGAAAAAUAUUUGUGUUGGAUGUGGAGAAAAGAGCCACUAUAUUAGAUAUAGAAUAAUACCAUCAUGCUACAGGAUGCAUUUUCCAGAGCAUCUGAAGAGCCAUCGUUCACAUGAUAUUGUACUUCUCUGUGUAGAUUGUCAUGAAAUUGCUCAUUCAGCAGCUGAAAAAUACAAGAGGCGAGUGGCAGAAGAAUUUGGAAUACCCCUUUUUGUGCAAAAGAUAGUGAACUCGGGUGCUAUAAGUUUGAUUACCGACACAUCAAUAUCCGAAGAUAAAUUGAAUGGAACGGGCGUCUCCCCAUUGCAGCUGAGGACUGCUGCAAUGGCUCUUCUACGGCAUGGAUCUACUAUGCCAUUGAAGAGAUGUGAAGAGCUAAUGCAGAUUGUAAAGUCAUAUUAUGGAGGUAGGGAUGUAACUCCUGAAGAUCUUGAGAUGGCAUUACUUGUAGGUAUGAGUCCGCAUGAGCGAAGGCGUCUUGAAAAGAAAAAGGGUUAUUCAUUUAGGGCUCAGGCUCAAAAUAUUAUUAGAAAGAGCAGCAGCAACACCAUCUCAGAAAACAGUGGACAUGUAUCAGAAAAUAGUCAUGUCUUAUCUGACCAAUUUCUUGAGGAUGGAACUGCAAGUAAUGGUCAACAAGAGUUUGAUGAGGCAGAGAGUCGCAAUGAGCUAGAAGAUUUAACCUUGAGCCAGGGCAGUUCAAGUUUGGCAGCCAGUAUGGAGGAUACCACUUUUGACCAUGACUCUGCGACACUUGAGACAGAUACUGAGCAGCAAGCAAGUGGUGCCUGCACUCCUGCGAACGGCCAUCUCGACAGAGAUCCAUCCAUCUGUGACAAUUCUAAUGAGGCCAUUUCCAAGAAUGCUGUGAAGAAGAUAUCCCUGUUGGGUCAUGGGCAUCAUGGUAAACAAGUUGUGGAGCUUUUGCUUUCCACUGGUGGGGAGGAAGCUAUUAACCAGUUCUGCCAGAGGUGGAGGCAGGUCUUUGUUGAAGCUGUUCACCCGCGCUACUUACCUUCUGGCUGGAAUAUCAACUACAGUGGACGGCGGGAUUUUGGUGACUUCAGUGUCUACAAGCCGGCAAAGAAUCCGGCUCCACCCCGUAGCGAUUAGGCUACGGAUGGCCUCAAUACCUUUGCUGUUGUUGUACCCUGAGGUUACAUAUACUUCCCAGAGUAGUUUGCAUUCCAUCAAACCUGAUCUUUGUACCUCUCAAACUGUGUUCUUGUACUCCUUGCUUUAUCUUGAAUCAACAGUCUCAUUUUCUUCGUUACAUACUCCAUUGCCAUGAAGUAUGCUUCAGUUUUGUCCAGCCAUUUUCUGAACACGAAGAAUUAGACCGCCAAAAAGUAAGCCCUUGAAAAUCACAGCUGAACUUUAUCUCAGCAAACUGUGUUUUUAACCCAGGGAUUGAACCAACUUGCUGGUUUCUAAACAGGCCUUAAACUUGCGUUAUUUCUUUAAGCAUGUUUGGAACACUGAUUCCUGUAGAAAUGUGAAACAUCUCCCCCAUUUGUGGUCUUGGAGUUACUGUGGGAUACCCUGAGCAGGAUCCCAGUAUCCAUUGUUUGUUUCCACGAAGGAUUUUUUUCCAGUUUUUUUAUUCCUGACAGGCCAAAAAUGAAGCAGCAGGAGGAGAGCCAGCUCGGCGGAGCCACAUGAUCCUCGCCAUCUCGCCAUCACUGCCCCUCCACCACUCGCCCCGGCUUGAAUACCCCACCGUGCUCAUUCUCCACCCAAACCCAAUCCAUCCAAAUCCAUUUCCCUCCCUCCCUCCAAACCCGCAUCCCUUCCUUUCCAGUUUCCACUGCCUCCUCCCCCGCCGCCGCCGGUGAUCCCCGUCGCCGCGGGCCACCAACCAUGUCUUGCUCCCACCUCUCCACCGCCUGGUCCUCCUCGGCGCUCGCCAGCAGCGCCUCCUCCACCCGGCGGCGCUCCUCCGCCCCGCGCUCCGGCGGCAGCGGCUUCGUGGUGCGGUGCUCCCUCCGCGAGCUCCGCAGCCGUAUCGACUCAGUCCGCAACACGCAGAAGAUCACCGAGGCCAUGAAGCUGGUGGCCGCCGCCAAGGUGCGGCGCGCGCAGGAGGCCGUCGUCUCGUCCCGCCCCUUCUCGGAGGCGCUGGUGGAGGUGCUCUACAACAUGAACCAGGAGAUCCAGACGGAGGACAUCGACCUGCCGCUGACCCGCACCCGCCCCGUGAAGAAGGUCGCUCUGGUGGUCCUCACCGGCGAGCGCGGCCUCUGCGGCAGCUUCAACAACAACGUGCUCAAGAAGGCGGACACCCGCAUGGAGGAGCUCAAGCAGCUGGGGAUCGAGUACACCGUCAUCAGCGUGGGGAAGAAGGGCAACGCCUACUUCAUGCGCCGCCCCUACAUCCCGCUGGAGCGGGAGCUGGAGGUGAACGGCGUGCCCACGGUGAAGGACUCGCAGGCCAUCUGCGACCUGGUCUACUCCCUCUUCGUGUCGGAGGAGGUGGACAAGGUGGAGCUGCUCUACUCCAAGUUCGUGUCGCUGGUGCGCUCCGACCCCAUCAUCCAGACGCUGCUGCCCAUGUCCCCCAAGGGCGAGAUCUGCGACGUCAACGGCGUCUGCGUGGACGCCACCGAGGACGAGCUCUUCCGCCUCACCACCAAGGAGGGGAAGCUCACCGUCGAGCGCGAGAAGGUGAAGAUCGAGACGCAGCCCUUCUCCCCCGUCGUGCAGUUCGAGCAGGACCCCGUGCAGAUCCUCGACGCGCUGCUCCCGCUCUACCUCAACAGCCAGAUCCUCCGCGCCCUGCAGGAGUCGCUCGCCAGCGAGCUCGCCGCCCGGAUGAGCGCCAUGAGCAGCGCCACCGACAACGCCAUCGAGCUCCGCAAGAACCUCUCCAUUGCUUACAACCGCCAGCGCCAGGCCAAGAUCACGGGGGAGAUCCUUGAGAUCGUCGCCGGUGCCGACGCCCUCGCCGGCUGAGCUGAAGCCGCCGUCCCCCUCGCUCUACUUAACACUGAGCCGAGCUGAGCCGGUGGUGGCGUACGUUCUUCGUGCGGUGCUCCUGCUAUAUAUAAUUCUAAUUCUUUUUCUCAUCCUUCUUGCUGUUCAGUCUUCUGUCUGUAAUUCCUGAUAGCACAAACACGAGGGAGUUCUGUGUUCCAUGCUCGUCGUGAUGCCGCGCCUCGCCAGAUACACAAGAAUUUAAAUUCAGAGAUGCCAAAUGUAUAAUCCGAGUAACUUUUACCUUGCAAA